GUCAUGUGACCGAAAAAGCCAACGUGAGUGCAGUGAAGGUAAAGUUAACACCUUAAUGAACUUUAAUCCAGAGUCAAAACCUUACUAAUUUAGAGAAAAGUCAGCAACGAAACCCAAAAGUAGGAUAGAAAGCAACACAGGCCUGCGUGCUGCCUUGUCACUUUACCUUAAAUAUCCAUAAAUGAGCGCCACACUCGCUAAAUCUGCGUGCACACUGUCAGGCACAUAUUCCUACUUCAUCAUAGAGACAUUUCCUCUGUAACUCGAUAGUUGGCCGUAAUACGUGUAAUAACGUCGCUUUGAGGGGAGUUGAGAGGGAAAUUUCUGCAGACUUGGGGGAACUGACACACACGCACACACACCCACUGGCUGCGUGUGUGAGGUGCCACAUCGGAACGGAAUAUAAAAACCGCAGAAAGUGAGCGACAUGCUGCUGCUGGUCCUGCUGCAGUUGUUGGUCCUUGUUUCGUCUUCUCCUCCGCGAUGUGACCCAGCAGUUCGAGGGCUGUGCAGGCCAACAGUGGAGGAAAAAUCAGCAAGAUGUACGGACAUGUUUCUGUCCUACUGCGAGGACAUGGUCUACACUCAGACCAUGUUCCCAAACAUCCUCGGCCACAAGUCCCGCGAAGAAGCCGAGGCGGGUGCCGAGUAUCUCCUCAUAAGCGUGAUUGAGUCUCUGCUUGGGGGAGAGUGCAACCCUGAGCUCCGCAUGCUGGGCUGCUCCGUGUUGGCUCCCCGCUGUGAGACGGAGAAGGUGCUGAAGCCCUGUCGCAACACCUGCGAGGCGGUGCAAAAAAAAUGCAGCCACGCGUUUGAGGCGAUAGAGAUGGCUUGGCCCUACUUCCUGGACUGUGAUCGCUUCUUUGUCAGUGACCAAGAGGGAUGUUACGACCCGCUGGAGGGCCUCAAGGUGGAGCAGGAUGUAGAGGCUGUUGACAGCAUGGAAAUCCCUCCUCCUGAGGAUCCCGCCACCACAAUGAAGUUCAGCUAUCAUUCCAAUGCUCAGAUGAUCAGCGUCUUGAAGAAAACCGAGGAACAGUGCCCCGACAUUACGAGAACCUACAGCAUCGGCCGCAGCAUGGAGGGCAGGGAGCUGCUCGUGAUCGAGUUCUCGAACAACCCCGGCAAACAUGAACUGCUUGAGCCUGAGUUAAAGUACGUUGGCAACAUGCAUGGCAAUGAAGUCGUGGGCCGCCAGCUGCUGAUCUACUUGGCUCAGUACCUGUGCUUGGAGUAUCAGCUGGGGAACGAGCGCAUCCAGACCCUCAUCAACACCACCCGCAUCCACAUUCUGCCCUCCAUGAACCCUGACGGAUAUGAGGUGGCUGCUUCUGGAGUCCAGGACAAUAGCAACGCCUAUGAUGAUGAGGAGGAGGGUCACAGAUACGACUCUUGGAACAUCGGCCGAAACAACGCUCAGAACAUUGACCUGAACAGAAACUUCCCAGACUUGACGUCCAUUGUUUACAGCCGACGCAGACAAAAGGCCUACCGCACCGACCACAUCCCAAUCCCAGACUAUUACUGGUUUGGUAAGGUGGCACCAGAGACUUACGCCAUCAUGAAAUGGAUCCGCUCCAUCCCGUUUGUGCUCUCCGCUAACUUCCAUGGUGGAGACUUGGUGGUGUCCUACCCCUACGAUCUGUCCAAACACCCGCUGGAGCGUAGCAUGUUCUCCCCCACGCCGGAUGACCAGGUGUUCAAGCUUCUUGCAAGAACAUAUGCAAAUGCUCAUGAAACGAUGUCCAAUGAAAAUGCCCAGUGUGGAUCAUCUCGUGCUAACAGCCAGAAAGGAACCAUUAAUGGAGCACAGUGGUCUAGCUUUGCAGGCAGCAUGCAGGACUUCAACUAUCUUCACACCAACUGUUUUGAGGUGACCGUGGAGCUUGGUUGUGAUAAAUUCCCUCCUGAAGAGGAGUUAUUUAUCGCCUGGCAUGAAAACCAUGAGGCUUUAAUCACAUUUAUGGAGGCGGCCCAUCAAGGUAUCAAAGGCAUCGUGAAAGACGAGGAGGGAAAUGCAAUCAAAGGUGCGCAGAUAUCAAUCAGAGGAAUACGGCACGACGUCACCACAGCUGAAAGCGGAGAGUACUGGCGCCUCCUCAGCCCUGGCAUCCACAUCGUGUCCGCCUCUGCCCCAGGCUACGCCAGAGCUAUGAAGAGAGUCCACCUGCCUCCUCGCAUGCACACAGCUGGCCGCGUGGACUUUGUGCUGCAGAAAGCUGCUCUAGAACCUGACAUGCAAGAGGAGGAUGUCACCAUCCAGUCUAUGGGCACCUAUGACCGCUUUGACCCUUAUAAUCAGUACGAGCGCUACACCCUGAUGGCUGAUCUGAGCCAGAACCGCGAGGAGAGAGCAGAGAAGCCCUGGUGGUGGAGCUACUUUGUCCUGCCGGGAGGACCCGCACCAACAUGGCUGCUCAAACACUAUUAAAGGCUUCAUUGGAGAAGUGGAAGGAUGGCAUCUCUUUCUACAGUAGACACACAAACUGAGCUAUCACGUAAUGAAAGCGCUGCUUUUUUUCUGGUGUUACACCGCAGACAAGUGUCAAAGCUGCCUGGCUGGCUUUCAUGUUAGCUUUGUGCUCUGCUCAGUCCAAACUUGAAAUCAUAAUGUAAGCACCUUCCAAGCUUUUGCCUUGACAUUAACAUACCUUCAGGUAAUGACCCUGAUAAGUUCAAGACUUUAACAGUUUUAUAGUGGAAAUAAAGAACUUUUAUAUGUAUACAGUUA